AUGGCCUCCGAUCCCGAGGAAGACGACCUUUCAGACCUGGACGAUGUCCUCGACGAGUUCUCCAACCUCAAAACCGACUCCAAACCUGCCACAGCGCCCGCUCCCGACCCUUCAGGACCCGGCAGGCCGCCCCCCGACGAAGCCCUCAUCAAUGAUCCCGAUGAAUUCGCAAAGCAGCUCCAGAAGGAAAUGGAGCAGCUGCUCGGGCAGGGUGAUUUCCAGAAGCAAUUCGACGAUAUUAUAAAAGAGAUGGGCGAUGUUGUGGGGCCGAGCCAAGAAGGAGAAGGUGCAAAAGAAGGCGCGGCGUCCUCAAGCAAGACAGAAACCGAGGCCGCCAAAAAGGGUGAAGAUUCCUUCCAGGAAACAAUCCGCCGUACAAUGGAGCGCAUGCAGGAAUCCGGGGACGCAGCGUCAGCGGCAGCCGCCACCUCCUCUCAAGACGAUAUCCUCGCCCAGAUGCUAAAGGAGAUGGAACAGGGCGGAUUUGGCGGAGAAGGAAGCGAAGAAGACUUCAGCAAGAUACUGAUGGGCAUGAUGGAGCAAUUAACUAACAAGGACAUCCUGUACGAGCCAAUGAAAGAACUAAACGACAAAUACCCGGCGUGGAUGGAAAAGAACAAGGGAAAGGUGGAGGAAAAGGAUUUGAAGCGGUAUGAGGAGCAGCAGGUGCUGGUGCAGGAGAUUACGGCGCGGUUUGAGCGGAAGGGAUUUUCCGAUGAGAAUGCGCAGGACAGGGAGUAUAUCGUUGAGCGGAUGCAGAAGAUGCAAGCUGCAGGCUCUCCACCGCCAGACCUCGUCGGCGAUAUGAACGCUGCCCAGGAAGCACUCCAAGAGAUCGACCAAGGAUGUCCUACACAGUAA